UGACCAUUAACAAUUGACAGAAAAUGUUGAAGCAAAUAAGCACAUCUACGUUCUUCUGCGCAAAACGCGCUUAUUCGAACGUUGUUGGAAAAAUAAAUGCACGAAAGUAUGUGCUAACAAAAUAUUUCCAAGGGGAGCCAAAAAAGAGCGACUUUAAAAUUGUUGAAGAAGAACUUCCAGAAAUAAAAGAUGGAGAAAUAUUGACGGAAGCAGAAUAUUUAAGUGUUGAUCCUUACAUGCGCGCUUAUAUGAUCGGAUACAAAUUGCCCACUGACAUGAUAGGUGGCCAAGUCGCUAAAAUAAUUGCGAGUCGUAAUGAUCAGUACCCAGUGGGCAAAUACGUGGCUGGUCCAUUUGGAUGGCGCACACAUACCAUUUGCAACCCUAAAUCAUCACCGUAUUUAGGAUUUAUGCCUAUCACAGUUUUGCCUGAUAUGAGCCCACAUCCAAUUUCGCUUGGCUUAGGAGUAAUUGGAAUGCCUGGAAAUACAGCAUAUUUCGGCGUUAAAGAAAUAUUGUACCCAAAAGCAGGAGAGACCAUUGCCAUUACUGGAGCAGCUGGUGCAGUAGGUUCCCAUGUUGGACAAAUCGGAAAAAUACUAGGUUGUCGCGUGAUCGGAUUUGCUGGUACAGAUGAAAAAUGUGAAUAUUUGCAGAAGGAGUUGGGUUUUGAUUACGCUUUCAAUUACAAAACUGCUAAUAUCAAAACUGCUUUGAGAGAAGGAGCACCAAAUCGCAUUGACUGCUACUUUGAUAAUGUUGGCGGUGAAAUUAGCUCGACAAUUAUGGGUCAUAUGAACAAAUACGGACGCGUGGCAGUUUGUGGUUCUAUAUCGUCGUAUAAUGAUACGGCUUUACCAAAAGUGACUAUACUACAACCAUCAAUCGUGUUUAAAGAACUAAAAGUAGAGGGGUUUUUAGUAAACCGUUGGCUUGAUCGAUGGGACGAAGGAAUCAAAGCUAAUAUGAACUGGUUGCAAGAGGGAAAAAUUAAAUAUCAAGAGAAAGUUUACAAUGGUUUUGAUAACAUGGUUGAAGCGCUGGUUGGAAUAUUGAGAGGAGAAAAUACUGGAAAAGCUGUUGUUAAAGUAAAGUAAUCAAUAUUGUAUUGU